AUGAGAUUAGCCGCCGACCUCGAAGAUGCGGAGCGUUCAAAUGAUGAGGCACUGGCGCGUCUUUCCGAGACGUCUGCCAAAUUGGCCCGGUUGCGGAAACAUAAACGGUUUCUUGAGGCUCGAAAUAAGGCUAUGUUAGAGAAUGACGUGGCUCUUCUUGAGGAGUUGGAUUCUCAAGUUUCCUGGCCUGUUGCUGAGACCGCUUCUCUGGAUGCUCAGCUUGCUGCGGUGACAGAUGAUCCUAGUCUGUCUCAGAUGAUGAAUUCUCCUUCCUUUUGGGAGAACUUCGACUCUGCUGUCGCUGGUGGUAUUCCUUCACCAACUGGUGGCAACCAGUCAAGUUCGCAAUAG